CGACUUCUCCCUUCCCUCUUACGAUCCACGACUGUCACACCCCUCCGACACCCUCUCCUCUAGCCGCCAUGAGCUCAACCGACCCCUCCAUCCACCCGCCUCUCGGGCAAGGUGUAGGCUACGGUGUCACCUUGGGUGCCGGCUUGGCCUUUGCCAUCGGUAUGUUCUUCAUCACGCAGCUACUUCGUCGAUUCACUGGCGAAGACAAUAGCCACUUCGAAACGUACUCUACGGCUGGAAGGUCAGUCGGUAUCGGUCUCACUGCCACAGCUGUCAUCUCUUCGUGGGCGUGGAGUACAGCUCUUCUUUCUUCGUCUGUCGUUACCUACACGUAUGGCGUGGCUGGAGCGUACUGGUUUGCGGCGGGCUGCCUCGUCCAGAUUGCCGGCUUCGCGACGCUCGCCAUCCGCUCUAAACUCAUCGUUCCACACGCACAUACCUCCCUCGAGAUGGUCAAAGUCCGAUACGGCACAAUUGCUCACUCGGUUUUCAUCUUCCUAUGCCUGCUCAACAACCUCAUCGCCGUAGUCAACAUGUUCCUCGGCUCUUCGGCAACCCUCUCCGCCCUCACUGGCAUGCACACUGUUGCUGCAAUCUUUCUGCUGCCCGUCGGUGUGUGCCUCUACACUAUCACUGGUGGACUGAGGGCGACGUUCAUCACCGAUUACCUGCACACCGUUGCUUUGCUCAUCAUUGCGACGUACUUGGUCAUCAAGACGAUUACCAACCCCGCUAUUGGGUCGCCAGCUGAGCUGCUCACCUUGGUCAACCAGGUGGCAAGCAAGUCGCCUGUCUCCGGUAAUGAGCAGGGAAGCUACUUCACCAUGGCAUCCAAGAGCGCCAUCGAGUUCGGUAUCUUGCACACGCUCGGCAACUUUGCUCUCGUUAUCAUGGACAGCAGCUAUUGGCAAAAAGCCUUCAGCGCAGACGUCUCAGCAGCAGUGCCGGGCUACAUCUUGGGCGGGGUCCUCUACUUUGGCAUUCCUUGGGCCCUGGGCACCACCAUGGGUCUCGCGGCUGUCGGACUGCAAAACAACCCUAUCUGGCCCGCCUUCGGUCGUUCUCUCACAAUGACGGAGACGGCAGACGGCCUGCCCCUAGGCUACGCCGCUUUGGCCGUAGCAGGCAAGGGAGGAGCAGUCGCCGUUGUCGUGCUCAUCUUCAUGGCUGUCACCUCCACUUGCUCGGCGCAGAUCAUUGCUGUCUCCUCCAUCGUUUCGUCGGACAUCUAUCACACCUACAUCAACCCCGCCGCACGCGACCGCAGCGUGAUCACUGUCAGUCGUUAUGCAUGCGUGGGCUUCGCCAUCGUAGGUUGCGGCGUCUCGACUGGAUUCUACUACGCUGGCCUCUCCUUGACGUGGACUCUCUAUUGGCUAGGCAUCAUCGUCUGCCCAGGAAUGGUUGUAUUGCCCCUCACCAUCUUCUGGAAGAGGCAGACUCGCCUCGCCGCCAUCAUUAGUCCGCUGGUUGGAAUGGCCUGCGGUCUCAUCGUCUGGCUUACCACGGCUUGGUACUACGCCCCAGGCGGGGUGCUCAAUGUCACCACGACUGGCGAGCUCCUACCCUGCCUGUGGGGCACCAUCGCCUCGGCUGGUGUACCGCCGAUUCUCACCGUCCUCAUCAGCUUGGCUCGCCCCGAGCCCGACUGGAACUGGAACGAGUUCAGCAAGAUCAAGCUUGUCCACCACGACGAUGACUCGGCUUCGACACUGGUCGCAGACCACAAGGGCAAAGACAACAGUGGAAACGAGCAAAAGGUAACAGUCACUGCACUUGAAGAGCAGGACGGCGCUCCAUCCCACUUCACGGACGCUGAGAUUCGCUACAUGAAGAAGGCAAGCUGGUGGGCUGGCGGACUGGGGAUCUUCCUCUUCCUCGCCGUGUGGGUACUGUGGCCGUUGAUCAUGUACGGGCAGAAGUACGUCUUCUCAGCUUCCUUCUUCACCGGUUGGAUCACUGUAGCGUUCAUCUGGCUAUGGGCCGCUCUCCUCAUCGUGACCUUCCUCCCACCCAUCGAGGGUCGACGCACCUGGAAGCUCAUCAUCACGGGUCUCGUGCGUGGCAAGGCGCAGGCGCAGCGCGGCUUGUCAGCAAACGGCGGCGAUGUUGCCACAGCUUCAUCGCCUUCAUCGACAUCCUCGCCCUCCUCGCCUUCGGAGCAGCCUCAGCUUCGUCGCGAGUCGGAUGGGACCGCAAUUACGGCUGGGGGUGGUGGAGAGGGAGAAAAGAAGGGUGCAUCUUGAGCGCGAGUGAGACAUGGCCUCUUUCUCAAUGUAGCUGCGAAUAUCGGUUUGGAUCUAUAUCAUUAGACGAGUAUCUUGAAGGAUAUCAGUAGAGCGAGCAAGCAUUGAGUCGGCUGCGUCCGUCACGACCAUCUAUUUCGACACCACCUUGUCCGCCCUCCCAUCCAGAAUCUUUCCCAGCAGACGAUUAGUCGAAAGCG